GAUAGAAGUUCUGAGAACGGGCAUCCUGAGUGAGCGUGAGGGUCUCCGCCAUCGUUUCAGACGGUUGAGUUGCAUCCGUGUCUGAUGCCUUCUGUGCUCAAGUCUCUUUGGAUCUUGUCCAGAUCGGAGGCGUCUCCCGAGAGCUGUCCCUUAUCUCACUCCACCUUAGCUCCGCCUUGCAAUCUUGCCCUCCGUGCCCUUCGCCCCACUGCCCCGACGUGGCCUGCGGCUCCCUGACCUGCGCCGCGGGGGUGCCCGUGGAGCCCGUGGACUGCCCUGCGGCGGCCGCUCGCUCGGGGUGCCGGCAGCGUCGGCUUUCGCCGCUGGUAUCCUGGUGGGGCUGCUGGCGGACCGCGUGUCGCGCUGGGCCCUGGGGCCCGCCGCCUCCCGCCACGGGGUUUCCGCCGAGGGCCUGCUCGAGGUGAAGGCGGGCGGAGGCGGGGGAGCGGAAGUGCUGGUCGCCGAGCGUCGCGCCGCGCAGGAGCGCCGUCGCCAUGCGGGCGCGACCGACGCUGGAGGGGCUCGUGGAGGGCUCGAGGCUGCCGGUGCUCCACCAUGGCGACGAUUGCUACCACGAGCGGCUGCUGUCCCAGCCGGUGAUCCGCUCAGCGGGACACUGGGUGGCCGCUACGCCCGACUUCGAGGUGUACGACGAGGUCCACUCGGCCGCUCCCGCUACUGCGGGCAUCGGCGGCGCCGACGGCACGGGCGUCCUAGAGAAGGCCAAGGCGGUCGUCAGCCGCGCCCAGCGGGCGCUGCGCUCUGGCCGCGAGCUCUCGAACGAUUACCAGGCCAUGAAGGAACGCCGCAAAUCCCUUGAAGAGCGCAAUGCUCUCAAGGGCGAAAAGGUUUUGUCCAUCGGGACCGGCGGCAGGUACUGGCCAUCCUGCCGCCUUAGCUGGCCACCGUCCUUCGCCCUCUUCAAGAUGGGCGACGGGCCCGCCGGCGGGCCGCCGCGGGAGCUACUCCCCUGUCCGCCGCCUUUUCCCCUCGCGAAGGGGCCUGAGGUUGCUGCUGGUUGCCGCUCGGUCAGAAGGAGGGCUGCAGCGCGGCAGCAUUGGCAGGCUUGGUGCAAUCGAGGCGUCAUUGCACUCAACGAACUUUUUGGUCAUCCUGUCCCUGCUGGCGAUGACGACUCGACGCCUCUCUCGGCCGGCCAGCUGUCGUGCCUUGAGGAGCUGAAGGACGCCUGCCGGGCCGUCGGCCCGCCGCGCGCUGGGCUCGGUGAUGCCGCGGGAGCCUCCCGGGAGCUCUGCGGCGCCCGCGCCGGCUACGCCUUCGAGGCCGAUGCCGCGGGCCUUCCAUGUCCGUACCGCGCGGGGGCCGUCUCGCUGCCUCCGGUCUCUUCUAAGCCCGUGGAGUUCUCCAACGUGCUCGACGGCCGGGAGCUCAAGAUGUGGUCGGACUGGAGAUCGCGUCUCCUCCGUCUACUCGGAUCCAGCGCUUGUGAAGCGCCCAGUGGUGCACGGCGAGUUCUUGGGUGACCUGCAUGCGAGGGGCAUCGUCGGCUUCUCGAGCGCCCGCCCUGCGCCCGUUGGGAUAUUCUGCGUGAGCAAGACGGAUCGCUCUCUCAGACUGAUUUUUGGCACUCGUGCUGCUAAUGAUCUCUUCCGCCCCCCUGUCAAGACUGCGCCCCCUACGAGUGGAUCGCGGGGUCGCGUCGAGGUGGAGGACGAGGGGCCUCUUCUGGUGGCCCAGUGCGAUGUGCAGGCUGCUUUCUAUCGCAUUGGCCUUGCCUCUGGGAUGAGCGAGCUUUAUGUUCUGCCCCGGAUCAAGACCUCUUCCAUCCCGGGCCUUUCGAGCGAGGAGCGGGUGCGUCUAGGUCCUUCCAGUUCGCCGCAUCUCCUCGUCCUUCCCAUGGGCUGGUCUUGGGCGCUAUUCCGAACCAUCCUGUGGUGUUGAGUUCUCGUUUUGAAGAGACGGUGCCCCGCGUCUCCUCUCCUUCCUUCCUUCCUCCUCCUCCGCCUCCUCCCUCCUCCCUCC